AUGUUUUCAAGAACUGGAAAUGAGAAUUUUCGCGAGAUCGAAAGCUUAGCGGACAACAUAGGACAACUAAGCUUUGACGCAGGUCGGCCACCAUUUAAUUGUGAUCUUUCUACGCCCACAAAACCUAAGAGAGAAGGUUUGAACGUGAAUGCGUCACCUGCCAAAUCCAUGGUAUUCGAUGAGAACGCGGGGGACUCGUCGCACGUGUCAAUGAUGGAUAUCGACGGCAAUACAGCAGGCACCGAGGUGGACGUGACAAAAUCUCCAAAAAAAUUACCGGCUGACUUCCAUCGCAAGGCGUCGACCAACAACACAAGACGGCUUGUCAGUGUUUGUCAGAUGUACUUCUUGGACUAUUAUUGCGACAUGUUUGAUUACGUGAUCAGCAGAAGAGAACGUACGAAACAGGUUUUGAAAUAUUUAGACCAACAAAGAGCCCAAGGCGGCACGAGCAGCGGCAUAUCAAGCGAAUGGCAAGUGUAUCUCAACAAAGAAGCUGGAAUUUUACGGAAAAGACGGCUUAAACCGAAGAACAAGGAUUUUGAGAUGAUUACGCAAGUUGGACAGGGUGGUUACGGACAAGUUUACUUAGCGAGAAAAAGGGACACACGCGAGAUUUGUGCUUUGAAGAUAUUAAACAAAAAGCUCCUUAUGAAGCUGAAUGAAACAAAUCACGUUUUGACCGAAAGAGACAUUUUGACCACUACGCGAUCCGAAUGGCUUGUCAAACUACUGUAUGCCUUUCAAGACCCGGGGUCUCUGUAUUUGGCAAUGGAAUUCGUCCCUGGAGGUGAUUAUCGGACGCUGUUGAUAAAUACAAGAUUUUUGCAAGCGCCACAUGCACGCUUUUAUAUAAGCGAGAUGUUUUGCGCGGUUAAUGCGUUGCAUGAAUUGGGAUACACACAUCGGGAUUUGAAGCCGGAGAAUUUUUUGAUUGAUUCAAAGGGUCACAUUAAACUGACGGAUUUUGGGCUUGCAGCAGGAACGGUCUCGAUGGAAAGGAUAGAAAGUAUGAAAAUCAGGUUAGAAGAGGUGAAAAACUUGGAUUUUCCGGAAUUCAAGGAGAAAUCGAUGGACGAUCGGAGAGAAAUGUAUCACAAGCUAAGGGAUUCGGACGUCAAUUACGCGUCUUCUACGGUAGGCUCUCCAGACUACAUGGCGUUGGAAGUGCUGGAAGCGAAAAGCUACGAUUUCACGGUAGAUUAUUGGUCAUUGGGUUGCAUAUUAUUCGAAAGUUUGGUGGGUUUCACACCUUUCAGUGGAUCAUCGACUAACGAGACUUAUGAGAAUCUGAGACGUUGGAAACAAGUACUUCGGAGACCAAGAUGUGACAAUGGAAGGUACGCAUUUUCAGAUAGAACAUGGGAACUUGUCACAAGACUUAUCUCGGAUCCAAUCAACAGACUGAGGUCUUUUGAGCAUGUUAAGAGAAUGAAAUACUUUGCAGAGAUCAAUUUCGACACUUUGCGUAACAUUAGUCCACCGUUCAUCCCGCAACUCGAUAAUGAAACCGACGCAGGUUAUUUUGAUGAUUUUAACAAUGAGGCUGAUAUGGCCAAAUACACUGAUGUCUUUAAGCGUCAGGACAAACUCACUGCAAUGAUGGACGAUUCUGCAGUCGUUUCCAAGUUAGUGGGAUUCACUUAUAGGCACCGGAAGGGCAAGAGUGGCACCAGCGGUGUAUUAUACGGUGGAUCUGAAUUUGCCGAUCCGUUUGCUACAUUUUACUAG